CUGAUAAAGAUGCUGAAAGAAACCUGUUGCGUACAGCCAACACGAAGCUCAGCCAGGUGUUGGUUGAAGUCCUGAAGACCACAGCAGCAGCAGAGGAAACGAUGGGCCUCCACAUGCAGAGCCUGCGCGACGCUUCUGGUGCAGCACAGCUGCCUCACUCCACCACACAGUUGGCCAGUACACUGACUCUCAGACAUUAUAACACGGAUUACGCUGCAGGAAGUUACCAGGGUGGUGAGACUGGUGCAGACAGCGUGAGCAUGUGGUCCGGUGAGAUGAAGGCUGCUGAGAGUCUGGAAGCAUCCCAGCAGAUGAUGGACACCCUGCUGCUCGGGGCAGGGCCACAGCUCGAGAACGAGGAAUAUUUAAUGGGAAUCAGCAGCCGACUGCAGACAGCUCUGGAAAAAAUGUUGAUGGCCAUCACUGAUACCACUAACCAGCUUGAACAUGCCCGGAUGACCCAGACCGAGCUGAUGCGGGAGUCCUUCCGCCACAACCAGGAGAUGAACGAGCUGCUUCAGAAGCAGGAGGAGCUGCAGGAGAGGUUGACAGAGGAGGCUCGGGCGCGGGAGCAGCUGGCUCUGGAGCUUCACAGAGCGGAGGGUCUCAUUGAUGGAUACACGGGUGAACGGGCAGCGCUGGAGGAGCAGUUGCGUCAGAAGGAAGAGCUCCAACUGAGCCUCGAGCAAGAGCUGCAGGUAACUGGUAGUCGGCUGCAUGAGUUGGAACAGGAAAAGUUUCAGAUGCAGGAAGAGCGCGAGCUGCUGGCAAGGCAACAAGACGCAAUGAAGGAGGACGCCGGGCCCCGUGAGCUUCGCCUAGUUGAAGCUGCAAUGGUUGCAGCACCUGAAGCAGACCUGCUGGAGGAAACUGAGAAGCUGAUGAAAGAGAAGGUGGAGGUUCAGAGGCAGGCAGAGAAGGAGAACUCUGACCUCCUGAAGCAGGUGAAGCUGCUGGAGGUGGAGCUGGAGGAGCAGGUCAACAAGGUGAUUGAGCUGGAGAGCGUUCGUACAACAGAGAGUUGGGACCUCCGACAGCAGAUCCAAGCCCUGGAGAAACAGCUGGAGAAGAACAGGAAGUUUUUGGAUGAGCAAGCUGUAGACCGAGAACAUGAGAGGGAUUUCUUCCAGCUGGAGAUACAGAAACUGGAGCAGCAACUGAAGAACCCGCAGAAGCUUCAGGCCAGCUCUGAGCAAAGAAACCAAGAGGUGGAUGGAGUAACCUUUAAGGUGGACCAGCUGAUCUCCCAGCUGAAGGAGAAGGCGGAUUGGUGCAGUGAGCUGCUUCUCAGCUCAGAGCAGCUGCGUCGUGAGGUGGGAGAGCGCGACGAAGAGAUUGACAAGCUGGAGAGCCGCAUCCGUGAGCUGGAGCAGGCCCUGCUGGCCAGCGCUGAGUCUCUGGAGAAGGCUGAACAAAAGAAGCAGCAUGCACCCGUCACAGAGACAAGACAGUCCACACUGGAGGCUCAGUUACAGAUGGAAAGAGAUGCUCUGGAGCAGAAAGAGAAGGAGGAUAAUAGGAUUUGCAAGGCCCAGCAGAGGAUGUACUUCCUGUGGCAGUUGAAG